AUGGGUACGGCCAGAAGCACGAACAUGGCAGUGACGUGCUUGAAGCCGUCCGAGUACCGCGGCGACCAGAACACUGCCGUGGCUGGGCGCAUCGUGAUCCUCAAGCACCAAGAGAUCCAGUCGAGAAAAGGAACCCAAGCGGCGGCAGCGCCCAGUGGAGGCAGAAAAGGCAAGGGCGGCAAAGCUGCAAAAGGUUUGCCAGAGACCCGCACGCUUCGGAAGUUGGAAGCGCAUAUCGCUGCUACGCAGAGCUUGAGUGAAGUGCUCUACGUGGAAGCUUGGGGCGAGAACGGAGACAAGUUAGCACAAAAAUGCCAGGUCGGUGAUGUGGUCUCCAUCCAAGGAGCUGCUGUGGUAUCUGCGCCGGCCCAAUACUCUACCUCGCGGCUGCAUUACCAUUUGAAUCUGAAAGGACCUGUGGGACUACAGGUCAUUGUGCAGAAGCUUGACGAAAGUCCGUGGCAGGGAAUUCCGGCCGUGCAUCCGCUAGUGCCGCUCUCUGCUUUGGAUCGGGUCCGAGAUCGGCAGCAGAUUUGUGUUUCGGUCACAAUUGUGGAGAAUCCAGGGUCGGUGGAACGUCAGACGAAGGAAGGUGCUGCGAUGGUGUGCAAUGCUAUUGUGCAGCAAGGGGCAACGCGAGUGAGAUGUUCUUUUUGGCAUGAGCAGGCUGAAGAAUUGGCAGCACAGACAGCUGGAACGAGUCUGAUGCUCUACCAGGUUUUGAUCACCAAGCGCAAGGAUGAAAGAUCGUGGGAGAUCGGCAGCUGGCGUGGCACGUCUCUGGUGCCAUGCAGUGCAGAGAUGGCGACGGCAUUGCAGGCAGAGCUAGCUCACCAAGACAAUUGCCGAAUGUUGACGGAAAUUCCUGUGAAGGAUUGGAUUGGUUGCCCUGCCACCCCCUCAUCCUUGAGUGCUCUCGUGGGAGCGAUCGUACCUGGACAACUGCGCAAGUUGGAGACGGUCUUUGAGGUUGUCGGUUUGCAAGUUCUAGGCAUUUCGUCUGUGAAGACGGAAACGGAUGUGUGGCUCAUCGAUUCGUGUGCGAAGUGCAAGAAAGCAGCACCGUGCGAGGCCCAUCCGACGGACGGCACCGAGAAACGCUUUGCUCUCAGGCUCACGCUUGCAGAUUGCAACUGCCAGUGCACCAUCGUGCUGUACCACGAACUGGUGCUGCGAGCAGCUGCCAGCAUGGGUUGCACGCUCUCCGAGACGGUGCACGACACCCCGGCAGUGCGCUUGCAGCUGCGUGACUUGUUCCGUGGGGCCCAGUGGCUUUGCAGAUUCACUUUCCGUGAGAACGAUUAUCAACAAACUCUAGAGCUAGAGUGCCGUCAUCUGCAGCCGUGCUGGCGGGCCAGCGGAGCCAAUGCUGUCGUGGAGCCUGCCACGCUCCAGCGGAAAGUGCCACACUGCCUGUUGAACACUGGCUGCCCCGUGGCACCUUUGAACAUGCUGCAAGUCGAUGUGCAGUUGGGGUUGAUUUGCGUUGGUGACGUGGAAGCCAGUUUCGUGCGUGCACUGGUCGCUUUCAAUGAUGUGACCUUGCCCGAUGAUGAAGCUCUGCAGCAAGACAACACAGCCGUCUCAGCAAUGCGGGUGAAGAGAUCCGUCGAUUGCCUGCUGUGUGGCACCGCCGAGACAAGUGUGACGCACCGGGCAAAGCUGCGGAGCGCUGGUCCGGCUUCGGUGGUCAAUUGGAUGCUACGAGGCCGCGCAGGCGAAGCGCACUUGGUGGUCUUGGCCCACACCGAAGAAGAAGGCGAGUGGAGUGUGCUCUGGCACGUACCAGUUGAAGCGCACCGUGUGGAAGGAGCCACACGAUUUCUGAUGCAGCUGUACCAGUCAGAGGUGAGUGCCCCACAGACCAUCACAUAUGAUUCGACAUGGACACCAAUGAAACGACUCGCCAUCGCCGUCGAGCAAACGCCUGAAGAGACAGCGAUGGCAGAGGACGGCGCCUGA